AUAACAAAAAUGCAUCAACACAAUCGGCAUCUUCCUCGUAGUUUUCUCCACCAGUUUUGAACCGUAGUGAACAUUUAUAACUACAUAUUCUGCAAGGAUAAUGGCCUCGCGACUCGAACCGAAACCAUUGCGCUCCGAUAUCUGCCGAAUCUGCAUGGCAAACAGUGCGAGUUUAGUGUCUGUGUUCGCUCAGUUUGAAGAUGUGCUUAUCGCUCGAAUCAUACAAGACUGCACUUCUGUAAUGAUCACAGAAAAUGACGGUCUUCCGGAAAACAUUUGCACAGCAUGUUUAACACAGCUAGAGAAUUUCGUUCGUUUUAUCAGAAAAGCUAGAACCUCGGAUCAAGCACUGCGAAAACUAUUCCAAAGUGAACAGGAAGCAGAAAAUGAGAAUGCUUGUGAGCCAAUAUUUGAAAAAGUUGCUCUGAAUGCUUCAGCCGAUGACUUGGAUGAUGAUGCUAAAUCGAUGUCGGCUGACAAUAGCGACUCGGAGGUUGAACAGGAAAUUAGUUCAAACGAAAUCGAAGCGGAAGACACGAUUAGUAACGAUGAUAAUAUGGAUGAGUUGGAAAGCGAAACUUAUCAGAUAAUUCAUAUUGAUAGAGGAAAAUCCUUAUGCUGCUCGUGUUUGGAGCAAUUUGAAAAUAACGCAGCUUUGGAAUCGCAUGUGAAUAAAAUUCAUACUGAUGGUCUUACCAAUUCGAAUAAAAAAUUUCAAUGCACGCUAUGCAACCGCAAAUAUUCAUCGGAAACUGCGGUCAGAGCGCAUAACCGAAGAAUGGAAAAUCUGUGCAAAAUUUAUCAGUGUAAAAAGUGUGGUGUUAAGAUUUCCGAUCACCACCGAAGGCGAAAGCAUGCUCGAAGUCAUUUGAAAAAACGUUCGUCAAAAACGGAGAAAACCCCACCAACCCUUGAGGAACUGAUGGAGAAAUAUGGCAGACUAUGUUGCGCCUUGGGAUGUGUGGAGUUUUUCGAAACCGACGAACAACUGCAGGCUCAUGCUCACUCCGUCCACAAGGCGAACAAAGUGGAAGCUACCUUGGCGUACAACGAAGGAAAACCGGUCGAGUGUUCGGUUUGCUUCAAACGGUUCAAGGAUGGCGAGUGUUUGCAACGGCAUCUAAGAUUUAAGUACAUGCCAUCGAAAAAUGUUUGCACACUGUGUGGUGCCAAAUUUCCCAGUCUGUCCUCAUUGACGAUACACGAACGAAGCCACACCAAAGAGAAACCAUUUCAGUGUGAAAUUUGCUCCAAAGCAUUCGGCGACAAGCAAAGUCUCAAGCGACAUCACGUGAAGCAUAGCAACGAGAAACCGUUUAUGUGCUCUGUUUGUGGUGUGUCUUUCAAGCGUAAGCGAGCGAUGCAGUCGCACAUGAUCAUUCACGAACCUGGCCAACUGCCGUUCAAAUGCGAAAUGUGUGAGAAACGGUUUCGCGUGAAAGCCAAAAUGCUGUACCAUUUGCGAACGCACACUGGAGAACGGCCUUACUCUUGCAGGUACUGUGAUAAAUCAUUUGCGGAUUUCUCGAACCGCAUGAGACAUGAGCUGUCCCACACGGGCGAGAAACCUUACAAAUGUUCGCACUGCAGUGCGGGAUUCAUCACAAGACGCUUUAUGCUGGAACACCAAAAAAAUCAUCAACGCUCUCAGGUCAAGUGAUGGGAGAUGCCCUGGACUAAAUAAGAUCGAUAGUUAAGCCAUACUUUUCCAGAAUUAGGAUGAAUAAAAUUUUACUCAAAAAAUUAUUCGAGGAAAACAAUUAUGCAGUUUCGGCUCAGAACUGAUGGAAUAUUCAAACAACUAUCAGAAGUGCAGCAACUCUAGUUGAGAGAUACAAUCGUAUACUGUAGAAAAUGAUAAUGAAUCGCUGUUCCCAUGUUGUAGUACUAUAGGUAGGGGAUAUAAAUGGUAAAACAGCGUGCAACGAGCGGCAACCUUCUACAUCGAUUUUCUUAAAACCGGGUAUAAAUAAAAUAAA